UGUCAGCCCUGGUAAACAAAACAUCUUGUAUUACGUAUUUAUACCUUGCAGUAAACCUAAGGGCAGAACCGUGGCUAACAGUGCACCUGUCUUGAGGCAUGGAGGCUAGGACGACGACAGAGCAGGAACUAUAUACUGAACUAGGAGAGGAAGUUUAUAACGAGCUUGAGCAUUUUGUCCAGGACCCUGCCUUCUGUGCUGCGCUUGAGAAAGGUCGUGAAGGCCUCCUUUCGCGCUGGACAAAAGCCUUGGGGCCAGGGCAUUCUACACCUGCAUUGGGUUCAGCGCUGCAACCUGGAGCAACUUCUACUUCUUCUGGGCUUGGGGAAGCCGAAGGUCCGCGGUCAGCAUCAUGGUCCGGGUCAGGGACGGAUGCGCACCAGCAGGACAGCUUUAUUGUAGUUGAGAAGCGGGAUGCAGUGGAGGCUAUGGCUUACUAUAUCGCUGCAUGCAUCGUGGAUUUACCGGAGGCUCAAGCUCUAGAACCAAAGCAACUGCAGGCCGCCCUCGUGGAUGCCCUUCGGGCGCUAAAGCGCAGCCGCUUCCGACGCGCCUGCUCAUGGGGGCGGCGGUUGUACCGGUGGACAACCUACACCUAUAGCGCGGUGCAGGUAUACCAGAACCCCUGGCUCAUGCGGGCUCUCAUGACGGCGCUGUGGGCGGGCUCACGCAUCGCGCUGCGGGGGCUGAUAUGAGCUAGCAUGGGGUGCGACGUGCCCAGAUGCGGGGUGCAGCUGGGAUGUUUGUGCUGGUAAGAGAGGUGAGGAUAGAUGCGGUAUGCUUGAGAGCGGACAACAAUAUAAGCAUGGCCUGCAGCUGCUUCUAGCCGUGCUGCUGCUCACACGGUUUGAUUGCCACGAGGGCAUGUAACCUCAUAACGUCGCGGCUUGACUUUGUAUAGUAGGGUGACGUGAGAGCUCUAGUUUAGCAAAGAACUGAUUGCAUAAGGAGUAAUAGACGUUUUGCAUGGUUGGCUACUCCCCUACCGGGAUCCCUAGUGGCAUACAUGGGGGGCAUAGCGGGCAUAUGUAGAGCGGAAUAGGUUGUGUUGCAUUGCUUGGCUUGGCUAUUUUGUACUGCAUUUUGUACUGCUUACAUCUCUUUUCAAGUACCACACGUCGAUGUAUCUUUACAGUCGCAAUGAUGUGCGUCAGGGGCGUCUCAUCAUACAUGUGUACCAUAGACCUCGAGCAGAGCGUGACAGGCGGAGUAUGAUCGGCAUCCUUGAGGCGCAACUUGAGUGCCUUUGCUCUUAGUUCAUGUGGCGUGUAGCGGAUAGCUGCUAUCGUGGAGGUGCCACAUGAGGUGGUGGAGGGCGCCAUGAGAGCAGGGAAGAUACCUGCCAUGGCUGAGUUCGCUCCGCUUGCGGCACUGAGGGCCGUAGAGGGCUCCAGGGCUCGUAUACGGCUCCCCUCUUAACACGUUUGUGAAAGACCGUGCAACAUGACGUUGUAAACAACUCGGAGGCCUUGGCCACGACCGAAUGUGCGGUGCAGUUGGUGCCGGUGUGGAUUGCAGGUCCAGGACGCGUUAGGCGUGCCUAGAGCACAUUGCGGUGCACCCCAGGUGUAGGCCCCCACGUUGUUAUGUUGCGGCGCACCAUCAUCCCUGGAUUUUGGUGAGGAGGAGACCAAGUACAGACGCUCUCGUGUCUUUACUGCCAUACGUGGCGCCUUUCGGGGGUUGUAAGCCAACACCUCAUCUGUUAGGGUGGUGCGCACGUUGCGUUGCUUUGGGGAAU